AAAUUUUCUUCUGUAAUUCAUUUAUAAAAAAAUCUUCUUUUGCAUAUCCAUGGGGGAAUAAUUAUAAAGGUCGUUACUUUCCACAUGGGUUUUUUUUUUGGUAGAUAUAGCGAAACAUUUAUAUUGCCCACUCCCACUUGUUUGUGUUGAUUAGAUUGUCCCUAGGAGUCACUGUUAUCGCUCUUUCAAUUACUGUAAUGUUGAAUUUGGGUUUCAUCUACUAACUAAGAUGAAGUUUCUUGUCUCUUUCUGUCUCCCUCUUUCUUAAUUCCUCUCUACUUUUCGGUUAAUUGCUCCUCUUCAGCUAACUUUGGGGCUUUAAAGUGAUAGGAUGGCUCGCUUCAGUUUUCCUUGUUUUCCAAAUUUUGGGGGUUUUAAUCAGGUUUGUUGAUUCUUGUCAAUGAUUUUUUUUCGAAAAGAUUUAUAAUUUGGUGGGUUUUACUUGAAUCUCUCUACUUUAGAUUUGAUGUGUUCCUUCAAGGUCUUGUUUGGUUUUAUCCAGGUCCAAGUAAUUAGGUGAAGUUUGCCUCUCUCUUUUUUUGGAUCUCAUUGGUCUGCAAUAGUCUCAAUUAAACCUUCUAGUUUGCAUAUUACCAGUUGAGUGACUCUUGGUUCCAGAUUCGUUUUUGGUGGUCAUAGUCGCGAGUAAGAAUCUCUUUUGAAUAUUCUCUGUUAUUCUCUUUUUGUGGUUGUGUGGUUCGACUUCUUUGCAGAUAAGUGAUAUCUUUUGGUGUGAAUCUUAUAAAACUUUUGUUUCCAGCUUGAUUAAUUGAACAUGCGACUAGUUAUUAUAUUAGGUGGUUGAUAUAGAAGAAAGGGCUUUCAGAUCUUACAAAAGCAAAUACUUACGGCAGAUUUAGCUUACCAAUAAUUAAGUUUAGUUAGCUUAGCAGGAACCUUUUGCUCCUUUUAUUCAGUUUAUGCAGGCAUGUUUUAGUUGCAUCCAUACAUUAUUAGAUUGGCUUGAAUUAACACAAACAUCAUGUUUUUAGCCUUACAUAUAGCCGCAGUUCUAUACCAAACCAAUCAAAUCUUGUGUUAUUUCAAUCUAAAUUGCAUCUGCAAUCAAAUCGAUAAUUUGCAUGUUCAAUCGAGUAAAGUGCAUUUGGUCAGGACAUUUUAGGACUGGUUUUUCCUUAAUCUUGUUAAUUGACUAUUACGGGGUGGUAUUCUUUGUCUUUCCCUGUUAAACUUAUUGCAUGUAAGAGAGUGUGAUUUCUUGGGAUGAUCUUAGGCUGUGACAAAUCGGGGGCCUGAGAUUUCAGAAACUGCUGAUAAUUGGGUCUCACCAUCUGACAUUCCACUCAUAGAACCUAAUAGUAAAGAGGUACCCCUAAUUGUUUUUGUCUUCUUGGCGAGUCUAGUCUAUAUCAAAACCUAAUCUUGUGUUGCAACGAGUACCAUAACUUAGACAUCAAGUUUCCAUAAAUUUCCUGUUUUUACACAAUUUUGGUCGUUAUUGAUGAGUUGAAUCUAGGAUAGCACUGUGAUGCAGCAGGUAAAUUUUUGUAGAGAACUCAAUAUUAUACUACGAAUAGCUUUUCUAAUGAGUCCAUGAAACUAUUCUGACCCACAACAGCGAUCUCUUACUGAUUCUUUACUUUUCACACACUACCAAGUACCUUUCUUACUUAGAUUGUUGGCUUUUCCAUCAUUGUGUCUGCAUUGAAAUAUAAAGAUAUAAAAGGAAAAUUAUUUGAUUAUGGUGUAUUUUAUGCCUCUAAGCAGCACAGGAUGAGAGAGGCACAGCUAGGCGGUCACACUCUGAGGUCCCAUGGAAUGACUGUUGCAAGGACUCACAUGCAUGAUUGGAUCAUUCUCGUGUUACUUGUUAUUCUCGAGUGUGUACUCCUUAUAAUCCACCCAUUUUAUCGCUUUGUUGGUAAAGAUAUGAUGACUGAUCUAAGUUACCCGUUAAAGAGUAACACCGUACCAAUUUGGUCUGUCCCGGUAUAUGCGAUGCUGUUACCUUUGGUAAUCUUCAUCUUUAUCUACUUCCGUCGAAGAGAUGUUUAUGAUCUUCAUCACGCGGUGCUAGGUCUCUUAUACUCUGUUCUGGUGACAGCAGUACUUACCGAUGCAAUAAAGAAUGCAGUUGGUCGACCACGUCCUGACUUCUUCUGGCGUUGUUUUCCAGAUGGCAAAGCUCUUUAUGAUAGCCUUGGAGAUGUUAUAUGCCAUGGUGAUAAAAGCGUCAUAAGGGAAGGUCACAAAAGCUUUCCAAGUGGACACACGUCAUGGUCUUUUUCGGGUCUCGGAUUUCUUUCGCUUUACUUAUCGGGAAAGAUUCAAGCAUUUGACGGUAAAGGCCACGUUGCAAAGCUAUGCAUAGUCAUACUCCCUUUGCUAUUUGCAGCUCUUGUCGGCAUUUCCCGUGUUGAUGACUAUUGGCAUCAUUGGCAAGACGUCUUUGCAGGAGGCUUGCUAGGUCUUGCGAUCUCUACAAUCUGUUAUCUUCAAUUUUUCCCGCCACCAUAUCACACCGAAGGUUGGGGACCAUAUGCUUACUUCCAAGUGUUGGAGGCUGCGAGAGUGCAAGGAGCAGCGAAUGGAGCAGUGCAGCAGCCGCCGCCCCAAGUUAACAACGGUGAAGAAGAAGACGGUGGGUUUAUGGGUUUACAUUUGGUGGAUAAUCCGACUAUGAGGAGAGAAGAGGAUGUAGAAACUGGUAGAGGCUGAGAUGAAGAAACUCUGAAGCUGGUUUGGUUACUUGUUAGGACACUUUCUCUUGUUCUUUUGAUUCUUUGUUGGACAACUUUAGUAGAUUUCUCUAAGAUAACUAAUAGAGUCGUUUGGUUUUGGUUUUGGUUUAAAUGGAUGACCGGUUUUAUGGUUCCGGUAUUGGUGGUUAAAGUUUAUGUUUUUCAAAAAAGUUCACUGGAUAAAUGUAGCUUUAUUUUCAAUAUUUUAAGGAUUGAAAUCGGAUUUGAACUUAAUCG